CUUGAGAUCUUGGCUGCAGGGUAUGGGAGAAGAAGGAAGAAUUGAGCUCUGAAAACCCUGCAAGUUCACCCCAAUGACAUUCCAAACUAAGAAUGCUCAGGAAUGACAGCUUGAUGCCAAAAAGCACCAUUCUGUUCGUCUAACAACUUUCAAGCUGGAGCCAUCUCGUUAAUCCACACAUUCUGAAAUCUGGCAUACCUUCCUGCUCAUAAUGAGAAUAGUCUUGUUCCAAACAGCCAAGAUGAGCCUCAUGGACAUCACGAAGAUCUUCUCCCUCCUGCAGCCUGACAAGGAGGAGGAGGACACUGACACAGGGGAGAAGCAGGCUCUCAGUCAAGCAGUAUAUGACAAUGACUCCUAUACCUUGGAUCAGCUUUUGCGCCAGGAACAGUACAAACGUUUCAUUAACAGCAGGAGUGGCUGGGGUGUUCCUGGGACACCCUUGCGCUUGGCUGCUUCUUAUGGCCACUUGAGCUGUUUACAGGUCCUUCUGGCACAUGGCGCUGAUGUUGACAGCUUGGAUGUCAAGGCACAGACACCACUUUUUACUGCUGUCAGUCAUGGCCAUCUGGACUGUGUGCGUGUGCUUUUGGAAGCUGGUGCCUGUCCUGGUGGUAGCAUCUACAACAACUGUUCUCCUGUGCUCACAGCUGCCCGUGAUGGGGCUGUUGGUAUCCUGCAGGAACUUCUAGACCAUGGUGCAGAGGCCAAUGUCAAGGCUAAAGUAUCAAUCUGGGCUUCAAACAUAGCUUCAUGUUCUGGCCCCCUCUAUUUGGCUGCAGUUUAUAAGCACCUUGACUGUUUCCGCUUGCUUUUGCUACAUGGAGCAGACCCUGACUACAACUGCACAGACCAGGACCUAUUGGCUCGUGUCCCACAGCCCCGCACCCUUCUCGAAAUCUGCCUCCACCAUAAUUGUGAGCCAGAGUAUAUCCAACUGUUAAUUGAUUUUGGUGCCAACAUCUACCUUCCAAAUCUCUCCUUGGACCUCACCUCACGAGAUGAUAAAGGCAUUGCAUUGCUGCUUCAGGCCCGAGCCACUCCACGGUUGCUCCAGUCACAGGCCCGUUUAGUUAUCCGCAGAGCCCUGCAGCAGGCCGGCCAGCCACAAGCCAUCGACCAACUACAUGUUCCCCCUAUGUUGAUUAGCUACCUCAAACACCAGCGAUAAUCUCACAAUCUUUCCAGGAACCCACGAUGCCUUCCCAAACCAUCUGGGACCCAGGUAGCUGGAGAGGACUACAGUUCCACGUACUGAAGCU